GUCCACGACGCCGCGCCCCGGCAGCACGCGUGCAGCACGUGUGCCUGUUUGUGUCCGUGACGACGCGCGACGACACGUGACGACACGUGACGAGGCUGUGACGACACGAUGUGACUCACUCCAGCGGACACCCGGCAGCAUUGGAGUACGCGAUGCCGUGAAGUCCCGGGUGCGCCCCGGACGGACAGCCACCGCCAUGAGAGCGAACUUCCCCGCCGAGGCCGGCGCCGAGGAUGGUGGGCCCGAGGCCAAGAGGUCCCACCUGGAGGAGGACGUGAGGGACCGCCUGUCGUCCGAGCUCUCCGAUCGGGACCGGGACCGGGACCAGGACCUGGACAGGGAGCGGGACCAUGCCGACGAUGCCGACCCCGAAGAGAGGCUGGAGGAAUCCGAGGAACACGCCAGGCUGCAGGCCGGCCUCCAGGGCGUGCUCCAGGGAGGCCUCGGCGGCUUCCAGGCGGGGCUGCGCGCCGAGGAGCUGUUGCGUCAGCGCCAGGAGGAGGACAUCCGUGCCGUGCACAAGUCCUUCUUCAUCCGGGACCUGCUCGGGGACGUGUUUGCCGCCAGGACCGCAGUGUCCGCCCCGAGCGACUCCGACUCGGACGCGCCGCUGGACGUGGACGACGACGGGGAGCCGGAGCGGCCGGAGAGACGCUUCCUCGGGCUGCACCUGCCGCUGCCGCUGGCCCAGCGGCUGUCGGGCCCGUUGGGCUCGCUCGGCCUCGGCCUGCAGGGCCUCCAGGGCAUGCCGCUGCCGCCGCUGCCCGGCCUCGGGGCGGGCCUGUCCCUGCCGCUGCCCCGGCCGCAGGCGCUGGCCUCGCCCUCGUCCACGGCCUCCCCGGCCUCGCCGCACUCCGUCGGCGGGUCGGAGGCAGCGUCGUCCACCCGGGAGCAGCCGCGGUCCUCCGGGGGCGGCUCGGGCUCCAGUGAGGGGGCGGGCGGCGGGGGCGGCUCUGGGGGCGGCAGCCGCAGCCGCAAGCCCCGACGGCGCCGCACCGCCUUCACGCACGCCCAGCUCGCCUACCUGGAGCGCAAGUUCCGUUGCCAGAAGUACCUCUCCGUGGCGGACCGGAGCGACGUCGCCGACGCCCUCAACCUGUCCGAGACCCAGGUUAAGACGUGGUACCAGAACCGCCGGACCAAGUGGAAACGGCAGAACCAGCUGCGCCUGGAGCAGCUCCGCCAGCACGCCAACAUAGACGACCUGCUGGCGCGGUCGGGGGCGGGCGACUGCUGCGGCCCGCUCCACCCCCCGCCCGCAUUAAAACUCUUCGAGUCCUUACCACUGUUUUUCCAGUGUUGGAUCAAUGAAAUUCCAAUGUGUCAAGAGAAAAAUCCUUUAUAUUUUUCUUUCGAUUGA